AUGUCUGCCGUGCCUCCUCCAACCGCUGACCAGGACUACAAGUCCACCCUGCUCCCUCUCCUCAUCUCCAACAAUGUCCUCUCCUUCGGCUCCUACACCUUGAAGUCCGGCCGCGACUCGCCCUACUUCUUCACCUCGUCCCUCCUGCACACGGCACCCCUCCUGCGCGCCACCUCGGCCGCCUACGCCAGUGUCCUGUCCGCCGAGCCCUUUGUGAGCACCAGCGCGGACGGCACCGCCACCCCCAACUUCGACAUCAUCUUCGGCCCCGCAUACAAGGGCAUUCCCAUCUGCGGCUCUGUCACCAACGAGCUGGCCGUGCGGGACUCUCUGUCUGGAAAGAAUACCUGGGACAACGUCAGCUACUCUUUCAACCGCAAGGAGGCCAAGGCCCAUGGCGAGGGUGGUAACAUCGUCGGUGCCCCUCUGAAGGGCAAGCGCGUUGUCAUUGUUGACGAUGUCAUCACUGCUGGUACCGCCAUCCGCGAGGCUGUCAGCAUCAUCGAGAAGGAGGGUGGCAUUGUCUCCGGUAUUGUCGUCCUGCUGGAUCGGGAGGAGCGUGUGAGCGACACUGAGGUCAAGAGUGCCAUCGGCGUUGCCCAGCGUGAUCUCGGCGGCAAGAUCCCCAUCCGCUCCGUCAUUGGUCUGCACGAUCUGAUUGAGAAACUGGGUGAUAAGAUUGGCGAGGAGAACAUUCAGCGUCUGAAGGACUACCGUGAGCGCUACGGUGCUCAGUAG